AUGGAUAGUGGUCAAAGCUCAGUCAACGCGGGUCAACUCGUCCUCUUGGUCAACACUCAGCUGAAAGGCGAGAAACAGUGGAUUCACCGGUCGCUCAUCCAUAAGGGGUCGUUCUGGUCAGUAAAGGAGACGCAGUCAGGAGGGUCUUGGAUGUGGAGAAAAAUCUUGAAAUACAGAGACUUAGCAAAACCUUUUCAUCGAGUUGAGGUUUUUGAUGGGGAAACAAUAUCUUUUUGGUUUGACUACUGGAGUCCGCUUGGACGACUAUACGAGAUUACAGGCCCUCGUGGCUACAUCGACUUGGAACUACAAUCUGAUGCAACUGUCGCUUCAGCUCUUACGCGAAAUCGCAGAAGACACUGGAUCGAAAAUCUAAACAAAAUAGAGGAAGAGGUUCAAAAGAUAGUGAGAGUAGGGAGGUCUGGAGCUGACGCCGCUUUGUACCACAUUUGGCGCGAGCUUAACUGUCGUCGGCAUGAAGAGGCCGCUUCUCCAACUACACGGCUACUCAAGCUCAUCGACAAAAAUAUCUUGAUUGGUAAUGGUGAAGACACCUUCUUUUGGUGGGAUCCGUGGACUCCUUUUGGACCAUUGAUUCACUACAUUGGCUGUGAUGGACCUACUUCAAUGGGCAUUCCUUUAUUCUCAACAGUGUCGGAUUUAUGUGAUCAAACGGUAUGGAUCAUUGACGGUGUUACUCAGGACUCUUUCUCCUCUCGUCAAGUUUGGAACUGCAUAAGGGAAACCAAAGCAGAGGUUUCUUGGGCGCAGCUCCUCUGGCACAAAGCGAGGACCCCAAAGCAUGCCUUCUCGGCGUGGCUCUUUGUUCUAAACCGCAACCCAACUCUUGAUCGGGUUACAAGUUGGGGUUGUGAUGUAGAACAAACCUGUCUUCUUUGUGGGACAUCGGAUGAAUCUAGGGACCACUUGUUCUUCGCUUGCCCCUUCUCUCUUCAAGUGUGGCAGGAAGUACUCCUUAAGCUGAGUAUUUCUUCUCCUCCUUCCCAAUGGGACGCUGUGCUUCAAUGGCUUCCAGUGGCUUCUCUCAAUAGGGAUCGAUCUUUAGCGGUACUGCAAGCCUGGCAAACUUGUCUUUAUGAAAUUUGGGCUGAAAGAAAUCGCAGAUAUCAUUUGGGCGUCACGUUUCCAGCGAGGAAAAUCAUUUGUUUGGUCUUCUCUGUGGUUCACGAUCGGGCUCUUAGUCUCGCCCUUCAAAAUCCAUCAAGACAAAACCUUUUAUCUUGUUGGUCCUAA